AAGUGCAAGUGUAGGUUGUAGGCUAUAACUGUAAGGUCGCAUACAUAUACAACCUACUAAAUCAGAUAAUUGAUUUGUGGCUUGCAAGCUUACUUUGCCAUGCGAAAAGCAGCAGCAUAUAAGUAUAAUAACGACGGCGAUGUGUGUGGAUUUGCUGCCCAUAUCGUUCAGUUGAUCGUGUGGUGUCGACUCAGCAGUUGUUUCUGCCUGUGGGCAUUGCAGCUGCCAAGUUUAGUUUUGGAGCAGAAGGACGCGGGUGUCACACUCUUUUAAUUGUGAGAGACAGAGAGUAGUGUCAUCAGGGGACAAAAGUUACUAGACAAAUAUCAUUAUUAACUUAUAAGCGACGUGUAAGUGGAAAAUGAGGUGGUAAUUAUGCGUCUUAAGGGCAAAAGCAACAACAAAUCAUUCCCGAGUGUCUACAAAGUGCUGUCGCGCAUAUGUCGUGCCGUAGACAAAGGACAUCUAGAUGGUUGUUUCAUGGCUGAUAAUACAGUAGCUCCACUAAAGAGCGAAAUCAAUUCCAACACAAUGGGUUUUGCAACGCAACCAAUGAAUGAAACUGCAGAUAAUUCCAAUACUCUAUAUGCAGUGGGACACUAUGCCCCCAAGGUCUUAAUGAAUUUAAACUCUCAGAGACUUAAAAAUCAAUUCAGCGAUGUUGGCUUGGUUGUUGGGAACACAGUCAUCAGGGCACACAGAUCUGUUUUGGCAGCCAGCAGUGCCUACUUUAAUGCCAUGUUCACUGGUGGAUUAGUAGAGGAGCAACAGGAGCUUGUAGAAAUCCAUUCUAUAUCUGAAAACAUUCUGUCCAUUCUUGUUGAAUUCAUUUACACUGGAAACGUUAAUAUCACUCAAGAUAAUGUGCAAGAGCUGUUUGCAGCAGCUGAUAUGCUGGAAUUAGGUGAAGUAGUAUCUAGUUGUAUUUCUUAUUUACAAGAACAACUGCAUUACACCAAUGCCCUUGGAAUUUAUAGAUUUGCAGAAGCUCACAAUAGAGUAGAUCUUCUCGAGACUGCCUUACGUUUUAUUGAAGUCAAUUUCACGAGGAUUUCCCAAGAGGAAGAGUUUUUAGAUCUGCCAAAAGAACAUUUGGUUCAGUUCAUCAGCAGUGAAAAUAUUCACAUCGAUACGGAAUUUCAGGUCUUCCAAGCAGCAUACAACUGGAUUACUCACGACAUACCAGCUAGACGUUGCUACGUUUUCGAAAUAUUCGGUCACAUAAGAUUACGACUGUGCUCAAUGGCUCGCCUUGACCGAGUAAUCUACGAAUGCAACGACGGCAGUCUUAUUGUGGCCUUGACCUCCAUCCAAAAAGACUUGAUAUCAAAUAAAGGAUGCCUUGUUCCACUGCGUGCGCAGCCCCGCCUUGGAGCUAAGAAAAACAUACUGGUCAUUGGUGGCUCCAAACGUGAACAUUCUGCUGACGGCUGGGUCAGACCGGCCGAGAGUACCUAUGACACCAUUAAUAAAUACGAUACCUUUAAUAACACUUGGAGCGAGGUAGCCCCGAUAGCAAUAGGCCGAAUAUUGCCGGGAGUGGCGUUACUUGACGGCAAAGUUUACGUCGUGGGUGGCGAGCUCGAGUCGUGUAUCAUAGCCAACGGUGAGUGCUACGACCCUCGAGACAACGUAUGGACGCGAAUAGCCCCCAUGUCAGAGGCCAGAUGCGAGUUUGGAUUAUGUGCCUUGGACAAUCAUUUAUAUGCAUUCGGUGGCUGGGUUGGCGAGGACAUUGGCGAUACCAUCGAGGUUUACGAUCCAAUUACAAAUACUUGGACUCUCAGUGGGAAAAUGCCUGACCCGCGAUUCAGUAUGGGCGUUGUCGCAUACGACGGAUUGAUAUACAUCGUUGGCGGCUGUACACACGACAGUAGACAUCGCCAGGACCUAAUGAGCUAUAAUCCGGUGACAAAAGAAUGGAACUCUCUGGCACCUAUGCCGACUCCCCGUUCACAAAUGGGCGUGGCUGUACUUGAUGGUUUUAUGUACGUUGUUGGAGGCACUAAGAAGAAUCACGAAGUGUUACCCUCUGUCGAGCGAUAUUCCUUCACCUAUAACACGUGGAGCACAGUAUCCCCGUUAAACGUCGGACGUUCUUAUCCUGCUGUGGCAGCAGCCGACGGUCGCUUGUACGUGAUUGGAGGCGAUCAGCUGCAAGAGAUAAACUUCUAUCGCACUCAAAUCACGGUUUCAACUGUUGAGAGUUACGAUCCGGUCAACUACAAGUGGACCGAGUGUGCCCCCCUUCCUACCAGCAGAGGCGAGGCUGCCGCUGUUAUCGCACCCUUCUGAUUUUAAUAAUAAUCCGAUUUUUACCUUUUUUUAAAUUUCUUUCCUCUUUGGUUUUCGUUGUUGCGUUACUUUGAGUUUACUACGAUUUGAUUUCGUUUGUCGUCAAAGUGAUAAAGUUCACUGAAUCGCAUUCUCUUUAGAGAGAAAGAUAGUCACUUUUAAUGACCUUUUUUGCUAUGAUUAGUUGAGGGUGAAAAUUUUCACUAGUUUUUAUUACGUUAGAGAUGGGCAGAUAUCGUUGUUUUUAUUUAUUUAUUUUUUUUAUUUAUGUUUUUUUUUUUCAAAGAUUUAUCUUGAAUUCUGAAUUCUCUAGUACAAGAUAACGUACAUCGAAGUAGGUUGAAGAAAUAACUAUAAAUGCUAUUGUAAUAUUUUCCAAAAAUUUGAUUUUAUGUGAAAAUUUUUUUUAAAUUUUAUUAUACUCUUGUACACGGGCUCUUUUUGUGACUUUAAUAUUAAAACAUAAAAUGAAAAGUUUAUUUAAUAUAUACAUAUACCAGGGUACACAUUAUUUCCUGAUCUCGAUUUUUCGAACAUAUUAUACUCUUUGAAAUCUCUUUGUUACAUCUUACAACUAAAAUCAAUACCCUAAAAAUCCAAACAUAUUGCGGUUAUCCGUACCGCCAGACACAAGAUGACUUUUCAGUUUAUUUCAAUUUUUUGACCAUUUUAAAAAUUUUACUUGGAUUUUUAAACCCUCACACUGUAUGACAUGUUGCUCGAAAAUGAUACGCAAUUUUUAUCAGCUCAAAUGGAAAUUUUUGAAAAAAAAUUAGAUUUUUUUUUUUUUUUUUCCUGUAAAGGGUACUUACAAAGACCAAAAUCACAUGUUUUUCGCAUACUUUUUUUGGGCUGAAAAAAAUUUCGUAUCACUUUCAGGCAAUGUAUAAAUAAUAAA